AUGAGGAGCAUGUUGGAUAGAAGCUUGAGUUUAUUAGAGCUGUUUGUGAGCACUGUGGUACACCUGCUGUUUGGGUUCUAUGUAUUCAGUUUUGCAGUGGCUUUAGACCUAACACAAGCUCUAUCCAAGGCUCUUUGGUCUCAUGUUGUAGUUGAUGAUGAUGUACAUGUCAAGCAUGAGAAGUCUAGAUCUUCAUCUUCGUCGAAUAUCCCACCGAUCGUGUUAGUACAUGGUAUUUUUGGCUUCGGCAAAGGGAGGCUUGGAGGGUUAUCUUAUUUUGGUGGUGCCGAGACGAAGGAUGAGCAUGUUCUUGUGCCUGAUCUUGGGUCCUUAACAAGCAUUCAUGACAGGGCUUGUGAAUUGUUUUACUACUUGAAAGGAGGGAGAGUGGACUUUGGAGAGGAACAUAGCAGUGCUUAUGGCCAUUCUAGAUUUGGAAAUGUUUAUGAACAAGGACACUAUCCUAUUUGGGAUGAAGAGCACCCAAUUCACUUUGUUGGGCACUCAGCAGGAGCACAAGUCAUCAGAAUGUUGCAGCAAAUGCUUGCUGAUAAGGCUUUCGAAGGACAUGAGAACACCACCGCGGAUUGGGUACUAAGUGUAACAGCUUUAUCUGGUGCUCUUAAUGGAACAACAAGGGCUUAUCUUGAUGGCAUGUCAGUUGAAGAUGGGAAAUCAAUAAGAACUCUAAGCUUGCUUCAAGUUUGCCGUCUUGGAGUCAUAUUCUAUGACUGGUUCAACAUUAGAUGGCUCAAAAAAUACUACAACUUUGGUUUUGACCACUUUGAGAUGGAAUGGAAUAGAACUGGUCUUUCAGGCCUUACUGAUUUGCUUUCUGGGAAUUCAGGACCAUUUGCAACUGGUGAUUGGAUUCUACCUGAUCUUACCAUUCAAGGAGCUCUCAAACUCAACUCCAAACUCUCUACAUUCCCAAACACAUUCUAUUUCAGCUACGCAUCGAAGACGACAAACCCGGCUCUCGGUUUUAGGACGACGACAGUUCAUCCGUUGCUCUUCCUUCGAUCGUUGCAAAUGCGUCAAUGGAGAUAUCCUAUCCAUGUGUCUCCGCCAUUCAAAGCUUACAAAGAUGAAGAUUGGGAGGAGAAUGAUGGAGCUCUUAACACUAUUUCUAUGACACAUCCUUUGUUUCCAAAAGAGCAUCCAAGCCUUUGUGUUGUUGAUGACUUUCAUGUCCAUCCUAUGAAAUCUGGCAUUUGGUAUUACAAGAUAUUGGAAGGAGAUCAUAUACUUUAUGUUGUGAGUAGAGAGAGAGCAGGAGUGAAAUUUGAUUUGCUUUAUGAUGGCAUUUUUGAGCGCUGUAGAAAAAAUAUAAUUAGGAUAAAGUCACCAUUGCUACCAAAUCAUAUUGGUUAA